GACGUCAUCAGCGGGCGCUGGACCCCGAGCAGAUCCUGUACCGACCGGUACCGACACCGCCUUGAGAAACCCACGUUACUUCUGGGUCGCACCGGCAGCCAAACGCUAACCGAGUCGGAGCUAAUUUCUGGUAUUUUUAUUCUUUCAUCGAGUAAAAUGAGUCCCCAGUGUGAGUGUUGCGGUGAGAACAUUACUAAGCUGAAUCAGCAGGUUUCUGUCAUGAGAACAGAAAUAAAAAAUCUGAGGCAGAUGUUGGACAGUUCUGUCAGAGCUCACCGGAAACAGCUGGCAGCUGUUCAGGCUGUUGUGUCAAAGGCUGGCUCUUGUGAAGAGGAACCGAGACCUUCACCACCUUCAUCAUCAGCACAUGUUGCUUUAGAACAAGGAAGCAUCCAGACAACGCCGAUCGGUUUCAUCAUUUCCUGUUUUUCUGUGAAGAACGGGACCCCCAGGCAGCCCAACAUCUGCAGCCCUUCCCGGGCAGAACUCAGAAUCCAGCGGAGCGUCUUCAACAACCCCGAGCAUGCUUUGUUGGGUCUGGAUCGGUACUCACACGUUUGGAUAAUUUUUCUCUUUCACAAAAAUGGCCACCUGAGCUACAAAGCCAAAGUGAAGCCUCCCAGACUAAAUGGUCAGCGAGUUGGCGUGUACUCGACACGCAGUCCGCACAGACCCAACGCUGUGGGGCUGACUCUGGCCAGGCUGGAUAAAAUCGAAGGUGACACGUUACACCUCUCAGACAUCGACAUGAUUGACGGCACGCCGGUCCUGGACAUCAAACCCUUCAUCCCUGAGUAUGACUCCCCCGAGGUGCGGAUCAACCCAAACCCACAACCGUCUGACUCUCAGACAGAGCCUUUGAACAAGGAGACCAACGUCUUAGACCUCAAUGAGGAUUCUGACAAAGAAGAUGACGAGGACAGAAACGUUGUUGGUGACGGAAGGAGUCUCCGUCUCCAAAACCAAUCUGAAACAGACGUUUCUUUUACUAAUUCAGCCAGUGAACUUUGCAGAGUCCUGGAGGAGGUGAAGACCUUUGUGGCCCAGGAUGAUAUGUCACACCAUGAUUCUAAAUGCAAAAAGCAAGUUUCUGAGUGUAAAAACGCUAAACGAUCAUCGCGGACCUCAGACAAUCUCUGUUAUGGAGAACAGGACCGUGCAGCCAUCGCCAGCUGGAUCAGAGAUCCUCCUGUUUCCUGCCUGGAUGUGCGCUUCACUCCACAUGCUGAGGAGCAGCUGGCACAAUUCCUCCCUGCACACCUGUCAGAACUUCGUGAAGAUGGAAGACCCAGGUUUAAGUUUCUGCACAGUUCAGAUGAGGCAGUUGCUGCCAUCAGGGGGGUGUUGUCAGCAGACCCCAGGUCAGUGUACAGGAGAACUCGCUGCAGAGACAAACUCUUCUUCUUCACCAUUGACACAGCAGACAUCACCUGCUGGUUUGGACACGGUUUUGUUGAGGUACUGCAGGUGAGACCGGUAGGCCAGCGUGAUGUGACUGUAUGAAUGAUAAAAUCAUCUCUUGUUCCUCGGACAUUAAAGAAUGCAGUUUUAUUACGUGAGUUUAACUAAUAAAAUUAUUUUGUGAAAUUUAUUUUUUCCUUGCCACAUUUUCAUGAAACUGGAUUGAUGUUUAUUAUAAAUUUGAACAUGUGUGUAAUGUUUGUUAUAAAAAGAUACAAAUGGAA